CGGGCUGCCGGGCCGCCCGCGGGGGCUCCUCGCCUUCUCCGGGCCCGCGCUGUGCCGGGGGUCCCCCCCAGCCCCCCUCUUCGAGCCGCCCUGUCCCCGCCCCCGGGCCAGGCGGGGGAGGGGCUUUCCUUCGGGCCCGGCCCAUGACGUUCCUUGUGCUGCCCCUCUCCCCAGCAGGCUGCGGAGAGAAAGCCCCCCUGGGAGCAGCCUGUCGCUUGUUUUAGGGGCUCGUUAAAGCUUGCUCCAGCAAUGUUUCAAGAGGGUGGAUCGCAGAUCCAGAGGAAAUAUUGUAAAUCCAGCUGUCUCUGUGGGGUCCGCUUCAAGCACUGUUGCUCCCAGGUUACGACAGACUUACCCCACUUUUUUCAGGCUAUUUUAAGAGUUGUAUUCUGCUAUCUGUUGUCUCAUCCCAUGUGGAUAGUGACUUCGGACCUUGGCCUGCUUAUGUUGCAAUUUGAUGCCACUGUCUCCUGCAUGGUGUGUUGUGACACUGUGAAGUGACAAGUUGCUCUGGAUCUGAUGGCAAUUUUUUAAAAAAAAAGUGACCUCCUGGACUGAUUGGGAAAGGGAUGCAGCUGACAGUCCAGUUGUCUUUGCUUGACAGAAAGUGCCUAAAGCAAAUUAGACUCUCUGAUAUUUCCAAACUUGCUGUCUAUGGAGCAAAGAUCCGGGCUCCCCAUGCUCUGGUGAUGACCUUUCUCUUCAAGAGUGGAAGUUUAAGAGAGAAACUGAAAGCGAUUGCUCAGGCCACAUAUACUCAUUCCCGAAACCUGGCGUAUUUUGUGUUCACUUACAAGGGGCUGAUGGCACUGCAGUCUCGACUACAGGGAAAGAACUUUCAGUUGCACUCCUUCCUGGCAGCCUGUGUUGGGGGCUGGUUAGUGUUUGGUGAAAAUAAUCAUAUCAACAGCCAGAUAAACAUGUACCUGCUGUCUCGUAUUCUGUUUGGCUUGUCACGACUGGCAGUGGAGAAGGGUUAUAUCCCAGAACCCAAGCAGGACCCUUUCCCAAUCUUUGCUGCUGUGACUUGGGGGAUUGUUCUGUGGCUCUUUGAAUAUCAUCGGCACACUCUCCAACCCUCUCUGCAAUCUUCCAUGACUUACCUGUACGACGACAGUAAUGUAUGGCAUGACAUUUCUGACUUCCUCAUUUAUAAUAAAAGCAGUGCUCAAAAGUAAUUUGCUAAUCCCCAGCAAUAUUUGAAUAAUGGCACACAUUCCCGCAACAAGGGGUGGGGGUGGGGGAGAAGAAUUCUCUACUGUCCUUGAUUUACAUGUUUUUAUUAUUAGCACCUGUCAGACAAGAUUCCCCUCUUGUAUUUUGCCAAAAUGUAGCGAUCUUUUCUUGGCUCUCUAUUGGCCAUACAUACACUCCACAGAAACCUGUCCCAGUGCCACAACGAGAGUGCAAGGUUCUCAGAUUAAUUUGG